AUGGCCGUCUUGAGCAAUACAGGAGCACACUGUGGAGUCAAAGAAUGCUCUCGGCUGGACUUCCUGCCCUUCACGUGCAGUCAGUGUCGGGGUGUCUUUUGCUUGGACCACUUCCGCUACGAGGCGCAUCAGUGUCCACUGGCCGCAGGCCUGGAUAACCGAGUUCUGGUUUGCCCUUUGUGCGACAAGGGCGUUCGUUUGGAAGUGGGAGAGGACCCGAACCUCACCUGGGAAAGACACACCUUGAAUGGGUGUACCAAUCCCGCGGGAGCCGAGAGCCGACAAAAGAAGGCGAGAUGUCCGGUCAGAGGCUGUAAAGAGCUACUUACUGCGAGCAACACAGUACUUUGUGCGCGCUGCGGUCAAAAGGUGUGCUUAAAACACCGCUUUGAAGAUGCACAUGGUUGUGGCACCGCACCGAGCCGCGCGCGCCGCGCAGCCGACACCUGGCGCUGUGGGCGCUGCACGCUGGUGAACGCGGCAGGAGUUCUGGAAUGUGCAGCUUGUGGAGAGCCUGCCUCCCAAAUGCUUGUGGGAAACUGGACUUGCAAUCGAUGCACGUUGGACAAUGGGGCCACGUGUUCAACGUGCGUCGCCUGCGGUGCGAGCCGCUCCACCGCUGGCGACUCGGGGCAGGCGGUGGCGGAUUGGUUGAGGUUUUCAGACCUUAAAGAGGUCACCAACUCGACGGUUUGCUGCGGCGACUGCGGCGGUGGAAGACCCGAUUCCGUAUGCGGAAUUGGUUCGAAAAGGGUUCCUACUCAGUGCAUGUUCUGA